UUAAUCUACAUUCAUCUUGAAAUAUUCAAACUUGAAGUUCUAAUCUCUGGCUUUAAAGCUCACGCACUGGCUGUUAUUAGCCAAAGAGCAAAAGAAUUCUCUAACGAUAUUUAUUUCGUCGCUUUGUUCCUCUUUCCAGCUUACAAAAAUAUGGCCAUAUCAAAGUAUAUGGAUGGAGAUCGUCUUCUCCGUGGAUGCUUAGAAUUGGCCAAGGCCUGGAACUUUGAAAAAAGAGAUGCGGGUUUGCUUUAUAAAGAGUUGAUUAGCUACAAAAGCAACAAUCCCCCAUUCGAUCAUAUUAAACUUAAUAUUAAACAGUCACCUAGAUCCUUUUGGGCGAAUUUUACCGGAAAUUCGCCCAUUCUUCGCCAAUUUGCCAUGAAAGUUCUCGCUAUUGUACCUCAUGGUGCUGCUUGCGAACGAUUAUUCUCUUCUUUGGGCCUUACUAAAUCUAAAACUAGGAAUCGUCUUUCUCCUGACACUCUUUCCAAACUUGGGCAGAUCAAAAAUGAACUUCAGCAAUUCGUCUCCAAAAAAAAGAAAAAAGACCAACAGAAAACUAUCUCAAUACCUGAGUCUUCCGAAAAAAAUGUUGGCAUAUUUUUUGAAGAGACGGAAGUUGAUAAUUCUAUUAUGGAGGAUUUUUUCGAUUUUGAGGCAUUUCAAAAGGAUCAAAAAAAUUUUUCUUCUUUUGAAGUUCACGAUUCUUCAACAACUGUAGAAAGUGAAGAAUGGUCUAUUGAGGACAUUUUACAAAACCAAUAA